AUGCUGCGCAGUAAUGUAGGUGUAUGUAGUCGUGUAGGGGUGGCAUUAUUGCGGUUUCGAGUGUGUCGGCCGUUGCCAUCUGUUUCUGUAGCCUCGGUGCGCACCUUUGGCACCUCCACAUCCCCUCUCUUAGCAGGCUUUCGCCGUAGCGCGUUGCGCUUUGAUAGCAGGAGCAUCGACUCCAAGCUGCCGGCGAAUGGUGACCGCAUCUCUGGCGAUAAUGGUGAGAAAGGCGACGGCGGCAGUGCCGCUGCAGAUAGGAGCGACAUGAGCAAGCCGGCAAGUGCAGAGGACGGUGCAGAAAUGGCUGUGGUGCAGAAGGACUACGGAGAGGCGAAGGGCGAUGAAGGGUUUCAUGAGGACGCCAUCAUCGUGAAGGAUGAGAAAGGCAACUUUAUCACCCGCAUUCGACGCCUGCCGCUCACGCUUAUCGAGGAAGUCCCGCUGCCGCAGCGCAUUCUGACGGACCUGGAGCUGGUCAUGAUGGCCUGGUGCGAGGAACACGCCCGACAAUAUGCAUUCUUCAUGACGGCUAUUCGCAUUGGCGUGUUCGUUCUUCUCUUAAUCAUUCUGUACGUGUUUUACCAGACCACCCUGUCGAGCGAACGAGUGGUGCGCGGCGUGGACAAGAUGCCAGCCGACCUGCGCAUCGGCAGCGUCGUCUACUUCGACAUAACGGAGAACGGCACCGACAUCGGCCGCAUUGUCAUUGGUCUGCUCAACGAUGACUGCCCACUGUACUGUGAGUACUUUCAUCGCCGUUGCACCGGCAACGGAGGUAAGGGUAACUCCUUCCGCGGAAUGCCCCUAGCGGCGAUCGUGCCCCGACACUGCCUGAUCUUCGGUGACGGGCAGGAAAUGGAGCACGAUGUACCCGGGUUCAACUCGCACUACCUGCCUACGGAGCACCUGAGCAACGGUGCUUGGCGCGGCGCGCUGUCCUCCAUCGCGUACGGGCCCAACCGUGAGAGCCCGAACUUCGCCAUUCACAUCUCAUCGGGCGACUACAAGCCGCAGGUGUUCGCCAUUGUGGUUGGUGGGUACAACGUGAUUGAGCGGAUGAACAAUGCAGGCUCGAAGCACGGCAAUGCGCCAAAACGGAGCUACGUCAUUGAGGGCUGCGGAGAACUGUGCACGCUCGCCAAGUCGCACAUCGCGCCAAUACCGUGGAAACUGUACGAGUCUGUGUCUGUCGGGUACGAUGACGAAAAGUUCGGCCCGCGCUUGUCAGCGGACGUGCUCAAGCACUCCGAUGAGAUCGGCGCCGCGGCGGUCGCGACGCAGCCCAAGGGUGGCUCGGGGCAGGCGCGGAAGAGAAAAUGGUGGUUUUUCUAA